AUGCCUCAACAAGAAUAUACAUCGACUCACCCGCACCUCAACGCAGACAGCCCAUCGCAAGCCCGCCGGAAAGAGAUGGACCAGCCCUCGUCGCCGAGACACAUGAUCCCCGACACUCUGCCUCGUGAAGACAGUGCCAUCCUGAGCAGGCUGGUAAUCGACGAUCCGCAAGCCGACGCUGCCCGCGAGAGAGCCCGCGUCGCCGAAGCACAGCCCAUCUCCGCCAACCACCAUGACCCCUCUACGUCAGCUAUGGAGGCCCCCGAAGAUGCUGCUGCACCCCGCCGUCGCCAGGAACACCUCAAGUCAAGUCACCCUAGAAAGGAGACCAAGUUCGGAGAGUACAUCCUGGGACAGACACUGGGCGAGGGAGAGUUCGGAAAGACCCUGGGCAACAACCCCAACCGCCUACCCAAGAUCUACCGCGAGAUUUCAAUCCUGCGCGGACUGCAGCAUCCCAACAUUGUGCGGCUGCACGAGAUGGUUGAGACUGAAAGACACAUUGGUAUCAUCCUCGAGUACGCAUCGGGCGGAGAACUGUUCGACUACAUCCUCAACCACCGCUAUCUUAAGGACAAUGCGGCUCGUCGGUUGUUUGCACAGCUCGUGUCUGGUGUUGGCUACUUGCACAAGAAGGGUAUUGUCCAUCGUGACUUGAAGCUUGAGAACCUGCUGCUGGACCGCAACCGCAACAUCAUCAUCACCGAUUUUGGAUUCGCCAACACGUUCAGUCCGGACGACGAACUCGGCGAGGAGGUUGAAAAUCACCUGAACAACAAGGAUUUUGUCUCCAAGAUGGGUUUGGAACACGUGCAAUCGACCGGUCACCGUCGUGGUGAUCUUAUGCAAACGAGCUGUGGUAGCCCGUGCUAUGCUGCGCCAGAACUGGUUGUUAGUGACUCACUCUACACUGGCCGCAAGGUCGACGUGUGGAGUUGUGGUGUCAUCUUAUAUGCCAUGCUUGCAGGAUACCUGCCAUUCGACGAUGACCCGGCCAACCCCGAAGGUGAUAACAUUAACCUGUUGUACAAGUACAUUGUGUCGACGCCCUUGACAUUCCCCGAGUAUGUCACGCCUCACGCCCGGGAUCUCCUGCGUCGUAUUCUGGUUCCCGACCCGAGGAAGCGUGCCGAUCUGUUCGAGGUUGCUCGUCACAGCUGGCUGAGCGAGUAUGCUCAUGUUGUCGGUUUCAUAACGAGCACCACGACCACUUCUGCUGACAUUGUUGAUUCUGCCAUUCCCAUCGAAGAUCAAUAUGAUGUUCCACAACUGGCCCGCAGUGCAUCAGUCAGAGAGCCAUCCAAACCCAGUCAGAUUCCUGUUGUCGGUGGUCUUAGCAACAAGAACGCUCCUAUCACCGAGACCGAGUCUAAGACACCUCGCGAUGCUAAGCGUAGAACCGUUCAGGUCGAAUACGUUGCUCCGCAGUCUCAGACUGCCAGACAGCCACCCAUCUCGACCUCGCUGCCCACCAGUGCUGUCCUGGCCCAGCCUUCUCCAUCUUCCCAAGGCAGAUCGCGCGCAAGAGGAGACAGCGCCUCUGGUCCUGUGGCCACUAACCCUGCAUCUUACGACCCCUCGCCUAGCUCUCAACGCUCUCAGCAACGCCCAGCCACUCAAUCUGCCAUGUCGCCUCCUGUCCGUCCCAACCGCGAGCCUCCACGAGCAGUCACUGACUCGACCCCUUUCAAUGUCGGAUCUCCUACUUCGAGCGCUCGUCCCACCACCAGCGGCUCAAGAUUGCCAUCUCGUGGCAACUCGUAUGGCCAACCGGCUCUGGCUACUGUUGCUGCCACCAACGCCGAGGGUCGCUUCUCGCAACCCAAGCCGUCUGGAUCUGGCUACAUCAUGUCCGGUUCCAACUCACAAGAUGGUUCGAAGAGAAAUUCGUACACUGGGAGACCAAUUGUACCUCAGCAGCCCGCAGAAAGACCUGUUCGUGGACACAAACGUUCUAACACAAUGGAAAGUUUUACUACAAAGUUGUUUGGUCGCACAAACUCUCGUCGCCAGUCAGCAACUGCACAAGAGAUUGCCAAUGCUCGCCAAGAAAGGGAGAAGUCUUCGCGCAUGUAUCCUCCUGUCAGCAUGAAGAACGCAAUGCCUCAUUCUGGCGAGGAUCUUGCUCGUCCUUCUACCGAGUCAUCCCGUCGCUCCUUCGGCUAUAAUCGUAAGAACAGCGAGACUGCUGGACCUCGAUCAUCAAGAAGAUUCUCCUUCUUGCCCAUGUCCUUCUCGAGAAUGAGCUUCUCCGGUGCAUCCGGCCCUGAAGCUGCCGAAGGUGGUAGACGUGCUUCCAUCCAAGCCAAUGCUGCUCGCAGUCGUCCUGCAUCUAAGCAAUCGCCUGUCAUGGCAUUCGGUCAAGGCAGAAGUCGCUCUCCUAGUCAAAGUACAACUGGCAGCAGCAUACCUGUUGUUCCAGACAACAACGUUGAUGGCCGCCGUAAAAUGCCUCAUCAGCCUGUACGCGGCGCAACUGCUCCCGAUCUUACUAAGAUGCAAGAUUCUGGCUUCUCUCAGCAGCAGCAAUUCUCUAGACAACAACAACAACAGGAGCAGCAGUACGACAACUACACCCCUCCUCAAAGCAGCGCUGGCCGACCGAGACAUGAGAACUUUUAUACACCAUCGCAAUCUGCAGAGUCGCAGGCAACCGAUUCGAUUGCCCAAACACCACGACAGAAAUAUCCCGCUGGGUUCAAUGAGACUGAGCCUGUUGUGGCUAAACCCCAACAUCGCCAACAAGCAGUCUUGCAGAAGAACCGCAAGUUUGGCGACGCGUACGAAGGUCAUGGAAAUGCUGGCAGCAGUGGUGGUGCCCGACGAGUGAUGGACUGGUUCCGCAAGCGAGGCAAGGACAGAAGCAACUAG